GAAAACAGGAAGUGGACUUCGACAGCCUAGCUUUACGGCAGGAGCCUCUCCACUACAAACACUGAGCUUUUUUGCUGUUCGUUCUAAUCACCGGUGUACUUUUUUUUUAAACACAGCUCCGGGUCAAAAUGUCUGCCAGAAACCCAGGCACCGAACUCGAUCUGGAAUGGAUUUCCAAAGUCAAGGUCAAUACCCAAGCUGUCCUGAAGAGGGCCCAGCAGAUCCAAGGACACAAGCUGCUGAAGAAACAGUGGCAGGCCGCCUGGCUGCUGAAGGCCGUCACGUGUAUCGACCUGACCACUCUGUCCGGGGAUGACACGCCGUCCAACGUGCACCGGCUGUGCCUGAAAGCCAUCCAGCCAAUCAGAGUUGACCUGCUGCAGAAGAUGGACAUGCACGACAAAGGAGUGACCACCGCGGCCGUGUGUGUGUACCCGUCCCGUGUGGCCGAUGCUGUGGCAACUCUGAAAGCUGCCAACUCCAGCCUCCCUGUUGCCUCAGUGGCCACUGGUUUCCCGGCGGGUCAGACGCCACUGGAAACGCGUCUGCAGGAAGUUCGUCUGGCAGUAGCUGACGGAGCCACUGAGAUCGACAUCGUCAUCAACAGAACGCUCGCCCUGACGGGCCAAUGGAAAGCCAUGUACGACGAGAUCACUCAGUUCCGCGAGGCCUGUGGCCACGCCCACAUGAAGACCAUCCUGGCCAUCGGAGAGCUGGGAACCUUCACCAACGUCUACAAGUCCAGUUUGGUGGCCAUGAUGGCAGGUUCAGACUUCAUCAAGACCUCCACCGGGAAGGAGAGCGUCAACGCCACCUACCCCGUCGCCAUAGUGAUGGUGAGGGCCAUCCGAGACUAUUACCUGAGCACCGGCCACAAGGUGGGUUUCAAACCGGCAGGUGGGAUCAGAACGGCUCAGGAAUCCCUGGUUUGGCUCAGUCUGAUGAAGGAGGAGCUGGGUCACGAUUGGCUGACUCCUCAUCUCUUCCGUUUGGGAGCCAGCAGUUUAUUGGCCGACAUCGAGAGACAGAUCUAUCACCACGUGACUGGACAGUACGCAGCCUAUCACCAGCUGCCCAUGGCCUGAGCCGCUCACUUCCUGCUUCACUGACCAAUCAGAACCUCUCACAGACUCACCACAGACGCACCUCUUUGUGGUCUACUCUAGACCUUUCCAAAGCCUGGGUCGUGUCCUACAGAUGGACUCACUAAGAGAAUGGGAUUAAUUAAUUAUGACUGUGAAAAUAAUUUUCAAGACAAUUGUCAGAGAAAAGAUAUGAAAUGUGAGCGUUAAUAUAUAUAAAUAUAUAUACAUAUA